GUGUUAUGGGGCCUGGGGAACUAUAUUUAGCUGGCCCUGUGACUGCACUGGCUAUGUAAGUCAGAUUCCACAGGAAACGCUCCAGCACAGCCAAACCAGCACCUGCUGUCAAAGCUGACUGCCACACCACUACCUUAGCUACUACUGGGCCUGGACCACAUAUCCUGAUCCAGACCUCAGCAGCCAAAAAAGAAGAUUUAACACCUCAGGAGAGCAAAACGGACAAAAAGGAGAAGAUUUUGCAUGUCUUGGAUCAGGUCUGACCUGCACAUCCACCCAAAACUUGUCCGUAAAAGUCCAAUACUGCGUCAGAAAUUGUCAGACAACACAGAAGGACAAUCAAGAAAUGUCUAAGUCAUCUGCAUCUAUCAACAAAAAAAACUGUCUGUCUCUCCAACAAAGAGAUGAAAGGGAAAGUGACCUAGAGCAGACUGAUGAUAUCACGGAUGACUCAGCAAGUUCAUACUACACUGCUCUUUGUUCUUUGAGUGAGUACAGUGAAGCUUUAGGGGACACAACACACACUGUCUCUACAGAGUGUCCUGCAGAAGGUGGUACAUUUGAGUUCUUGCCUUGCGUUACCCCUAUGGAAAGCAUCACUUCAAGAUCCUUGAUCAAAGAAACAAAGCAAUCACAGGACUGCAAAACACUGGAAAAGACAAUUACAGAGGUGCUCCCUGAUGCAUCCCAGUGUGACCAGGAUAAACCUUCUUCAACUGAAAGAGCAUUAGAAACUGAGUCAAAGCAUCUGCUGUCAGGUACAACAGCAACAAAUAUGGAUUUGCAGUCAGUAAAGGCAGCCUUUAGAAACCCUGGGCAAAAGCUGGGUAAUUCUGACAAGCUUAAUUUAUCAGGAGAAGAUUCAUUGGUUAAACCGAGGGAUUAUUUUGGAGGCAGCAGGACUGUAUUUCAUACUAACAUUAGAACCGCUGAGGAGCACAGCUCCCCAGAACCCAUACUCACUUCAAACACUAUUUUGAUAACGCCUGGGAGAAAUCAAUACAGCAAGGGUAGGGAACAGGAGCAUGGUGGCACAGAGCCAAAAGAGAACCACGCGACACAAAAGCAAAGACCAAGGGAACGUUUGAGUGCACCCAGGCUUGAGAGAGGCGGGCAUAUUCUGGGUCAUACGGAAAAGGAGGGGGAGGGCCAGGGUAGAGGGGUGAGUUGCAGAAAGGAGCAGGUUGAGCUGUCAGUCAUGUCUAGAAAUAGAAAAGCGUCUGCAAACUGCAUCUCAACACUCACAGCCAGCAAGCAGGAGUCAAGAAUCCCGACGCACUGUUAUUCAGAGCGUAUCCCCGCAACCAGGCACCAACACCAGCUACAGAGACUCGCUGAUACUCAAACGUUGGAAAAGCAGAGCCGGCAAGGCGUCUGGCAGUCCAGACCACUCUCCUGCAAGCUGUGUAGCAGCUCUUGGCAACCUGCAGACAAUACCAGAGGAUCAACCAGCAUGGGAACAAAGCUUGCUGAAGCCAGUAGUAAGGUGGGGGGCCUUGUUAACCAGGCCCAGGUAAGAUCUUCUGGUUCUGAAACUGACUACAUGCAUGUUUUCAGUUCAAGCUGUAGGCCCUCAAGUCAGCCAUCUGCUGAUGAAAACCACAACAAUUGGGCAGAUGAUGUUCUCUCUUUUAAAAUGCAGAUGUAUUCGAACACUCAAAACACAUCUGCUUGCUCAGAAUCUAGCAGCUUUGAGUGUGUUGAUGUGGCAUUGGAAACCACAGAUGAAGUAAACCGGAGCUUAAAGACUGUGCCCAAAAGACAAAUUCAACUAAAGAGACGGGACACAGCAGAGGCGCUUGCCAGAGAGAACAACAAUCAAACCCAUCAGGUUGCAAGCACACCUGUACGGGCCCGGGACAUAUUUCAGCGUCAACAUAGCACCCCUGCAGCUUUUAACCAGGAGUCCCAUGUGGCUGAUCAAAGGUCAGUAAAGGCUGAGCGAAAACAAAGGCUUCAGAAGUCAUUUUCCUUGGAUGAAUCCUCCAGCAAAACCCAAAUGGCUUCCUGUAUCAUAACAAAUGUCCUAUCAAAAAAAAUGCAACAUGAACAGAAUCUUCGCACAUUGGAUGUUCCUGAUAAAGCUUUUGCAUCUGUUAAAGUGAUCAACAGGACUACUACCACUGAUGAAUGCACCUAUUUGUCUGGCAAGGAUGCAUACACUGAAACUUCCAAACUUAAUCAAAGUGCAACUCUUAAGAAGGAGUCCCAGAGAGAACGCAGCCCUUUUCAAAAGCACGGCUUGGUUAGCUCAAAAACACAACCCAAGUUGCUGAGCAAACAUGGCUUCAAUCCUCUUUUAAAUGCAACUGGCAGGUCUGAAGCUCAAGGCAGCAGCACUGAAAUAACCGACCCUUCAGAGAAUGAGAAAGCAGAGAAGUUGAGCCCAAGAGAGGAGGUGUUUCGGCUGCCUAACCUGAGCCCUGGAGGGAAGCUAUCCUGUGACUCAGCAAAGGGCAGAGCGUGGAAUUCGAGUGCAGCAACAAAUGUAGCCAUGAGCACCCAGAGCUCUGAGAAAAUCACAUCUGAAGAAUGCCAUACAGUGCAAGGAAUCCGUAAACAACACAAUUCGACACUAUCCAAUGUGCUGGAAAAGCAGGAGCAACAGGCUGGCACGAUGGAAAGUACACUCAGUCCUACUAAUAUUGCAUGCCUAAUCUCUGAUUUGGAAGCAAAAACAGUGGAUAACACAGUCCAGCAAGCUGAUGAGAGCAGUGUUGGAAAGGCACAAGAGAGUGACAGAGAGGAAGUCAAGUCACCAGGACAGUCUGCGAUCCCAGGUAUGCAAAGCCAAGGCAAAUUGAAAGCCAUGGCCCCUGUGCAUGUAGUAAGAGACAUGAGAAGCCUAGUGAAAAACACAUACAACAUGUCCUUCAAAAGCACAGGGGAACCAGGACAUGGAAUAGAUGGAAGUGCUCCUUUAUUUCAGCCAUCAGUACACAAUUUAAGCAACAACAAGGGUGAAGGCAAGGGAAAGGGAUGCAGACCAGAAGAAAAACCCCUGGUACGAAAAGUCGCUCCACCUCUUUCACUGGACAGAAGGAGGGAUCACUCUGCAACGAGAGGAUGCUCGACUAAGGUAAUGCCUUCUGUGGAAUCAAAUGACAAAACUCAUAGUGUUGGAUUUACAAAGGUCAGCCCAAUUAGUAUAACCAAGGCAAACAGUUGUGCCUUGUCAAAGCCCUCAGAGACACAGGAUAGCCAAGUUGGCAUGAGUAAACCUGAUGUUGUAGUCAGCGAAACAAACUUGAAACCGAAAAACAGGACAGACCUGGCACUGCAUGCUAAAGAAGAGGCCUCUACUGACAAGCCUACAAAAGGAGACUUAAACAAGGAAGAGCAUGAGAUGACCACCAGCUCUGACAAACUAUUCCCAGUAGCUCUGCAAUAUUGUUCACCCACAACCAGUUCUGAGCUACAGGACUAUGGCAGGAUAAUCAGUGAUGGCCCCCAGACCCCAUGCCUUCCUCCCAGGUCACAGAGUUCUGUGGGGCCUCUUUCUGCUUGCAUCCUAACGGUUGCCUCAACACCCAUGGUUCCCUCAUAUUAUUACAAACCCAGUCCAGUGGGUUACCAGACAAUCUCUCCUCAUAUUGGAGCCGUUCAUGGCUAUGUUCAAGGGCCUGUCAUGUUUCAAACACCUCUUUACAACCAGCCCGCUGCAUCAAACAGUCAUACCCCCCUAAUGAGAUCCCUCUCCGAGGAUGGAAAAACGUUAGUCCAGCCAACAGAUGGCUUAACCAGUCAAGCUCAGAACGGGGAAGCGGGGCUGAAAAUAUCUUCUCCAGAAAGCCAACACAAUACAAUCUUUGUUGCUCCCAUGAGUGCAGAGGCCAGGCUUGGGGGUACAGGUGUGCUGUAUCCAGAAGCAGGAGGAAGUGUAGCAGCAGGACAAACCCCUCGCCAACUGUUGCUCGACCCGGAAACCGGCCGCUAUUUCUAUGUGGACGUGCCUCAGCUGCCACAGCGGAAGAUGCUGUUUGAUCCAGAAACUUGUCAGUAUGUUGAGGUCCUGCUGCCACAGCAGACCCUACCCAGUGCCGUUUUACCCACCCCCUGUGCCAUACCCUUUGCCUCUCUGCACAUCCCACCCAUGUACACCCCACAGUGCUUACCUUACGUACAGUCACAUCCUCAGGUGAUUCCACCACCAGAACCAUGAAACCUGACGUGGCCUAAAGACUGUAGAAGACAAUAAGUCAUGCCCAAGGAUCAGGUUACCAGUGCCUAUUAAGUGUUGGAAAGGAGCUGUUUAUAAGCUUCUGGAUGAGUGAAACAUGUUGACCAUCUGUUGCCAUGGCCUCAGGCAUCAAAGCUGAAAACGUAUUCUGUUAGCACUGCAUUCAACACUCCUUACUUCGUAAAGGCUACCUCUGGACUUGGCAACUGACAUGGGUGAGACUGAUUAUAUCUGUUGAAAUGUUGUAAGAUGCAUAUGCAUUCACACAUUCAGCCUACAUAAACAGAGCAGGGGCUUUAAAUGGAGAGGGCUCAGAUCACCUCUGGUAUGGGCAAUUGAGACGAACCAAGGGACCGGAGUGUCUUGAGCUUGUUUAGAAGGAAUGACAAAGGUCACAAUAUUGUUAUUGUAAAUUGUAUUUAUAUUGACUAAAUGGCAGUUUAAGCAAAACCAUGGCUCUGUUUUAUGUAAACAAUGACUUAGUUGUGGAUGUCAUGACAACACUUUAUUUUUUUACAUUUGUAAGCUUAAACAGAAUUUUAGUGUCUUAUCCUGUGUCUUUUAAAAAUGUAAGGACCAAUUCUCAGUAUUAAUUAGCAAGCAUAUUACUAGCAUAUUGGUUGUAUAUAAGGCAUAUAUUAAUACUAUACUCUGCAUGGCAAUAUAUACAAUCCCUUAU